AUGUCUAAGCCAAUUGUGUUACGUCUCGGAGACGUUUUGUUCGCCCAAAAAGUCUGGGACCAAUUCGAGGAAGUUGCCGAAGUGGUCACCAUCGAUGAGACUGUCUCGAGAGAGGAGUUCUUCAAGCUGCUAAAGGACCCCAAGUGCAAGGCCUCGCAGGCCAAAGUCAUCACCCACACCGUCCAAUCGCUACCAAACGUCGGGAAAUGGGACAAAGAGGUUGCUGACCACUUGCCGGACUCCGUCAUCGCCGUCUGCCACAAUGGUGCCGGUUACGAUCAGAUUGAGGUCGAGCACUUCAACAAAAGACACAUCCAGGUGUCGAACACGCCAAAACUGGUCAACCAUGCAACGGCUGACACGCACACUUUCUUGGUGCUCGGUGCCCUUAGAAACUACUCGUACGGUUACAGAAACUUCAUGGCCGGGAAGUGGCCAGAACUCGGUGAGGAUGCCGGUGGUCCAUUCGGUCACGACCCAGAGGGUAAAGUUGUCGGGAUUUUGGGGUUCGGGAACAUCGGUCACUCCAUCGCCAAGAGACUAAGACCCCACUUGUUCUCCAAGAUCAUCUACUACAACAGAAAAAGACUGCCAGCUGAGGAGGAGGACGGUUGCGAGUGGGUCCCAUUGGACGAACUGCUAGCGACGGCCGAUGUCAUCUCCGUCAGUCUGCCAUUGAACCCAGCGACAAGACACUUCGUGAACGCGGAGACUUUCAAGAAAAUGAAGGAUGGUGUGGUCAUUGUUAACACCGCCCGUGGUGCCGUCAUCGACGAGCGCGCUCUUGUUGACGCGUUGAAGUCCGGUAAGGUCAGGUCCGCCGGUCUAGACGUCUUCGAAUACGAGCCACAGGUCACGAAGGAGUUGAUGGAGAUGCCCCAGGUUCUUGGCUUGCCUCACAUGGGUACCCAUACCAUCGAAUCUAGACAAAACAUGGAAGAGUUUGUCAUUGCGAACGCAAGGAGCGCCGCAGAAAAGGGUAAAGUCUUGAGUAUUGUCCCAGAAUUGAAGGACGAGGACUGGGUGAAGAAAUUAUGA